CUCUCUACAUCCAUGGUUCUCUCUCUACAUCCAUGGUUCUCUCGCUACAUCCAUGGUUCUCUCUCGGUGUUCCUGAGACAGUCUGUGUGAGCAGCUGAUCCAUCGUCUGUGUCUCUGGAUGAACCUCUGACUUUGUGCUCUUUCUUCUGAAGCCUUUAGCUCGGACUCUAGAAGCUAGCUUAGCAUGCUAGCUGGUAACACGCUAGCAACACAGAGUGAGAGAAACAGGAAGUGGUGAUUUAGUAAACAUGAGUGUUGUGCUGCUCUCGUUGGUGAAGCAGCGACUCACUGCGGCUGCUGAAGACAUCUUUGUUCUGUUUGAAAGAACGAUAGCAGAGUACGAGGAGGAACUGUCUCGUUCAAAACAGGAGAACGAGAGACACCGGAAACUACUGGACGCUGUUUUACAGCCUCAGCUUCAGAUCCACAGAGCAGACGUCCAGCAGCUGGUGGUGGUUAAAGAAGAGGUUCCCCCUGAGCAGCAGGAGUGGAGCUCCAGUCUGGACCAGGAGGACCCAGAGCCCCCCCCACACAUUAAAGAGGAACAGGAGGAACUCUGGAUCAGUCAGGAGGGAGAGCAGCUUCAAGGGCUGGAGGAGGCUGAUAUCACCAAGUCCACAUUCACUCCUGUCCCUGUGAAGAGUGAAGAUGAUGAAGAGAAACCUCAGUCCUCUCAGCUUCAUCAAAGACAAACUGAACACCUGGAAACAGAAGCUGAUGGAGAGGACUGUGGAGGACCAGAACCAGCCAGGAACUCAGAUCCAGAGAGACAUUUACAACCAGAGACUGAGGACAACCCUGGAGACUCUUCUGAAGACACUGAAGACAGUGCUGAUUGGAAGGAGACCAGAGAACCAGGUUCAAAGUCUCAGAGAAAUAAACAAGACCCUGUCAGUGAUUCAAGACGUAGUGCAGGAGAGAGACCAUUCAGCUGCUCAGUCUGUAAGAAAUCCUUUCCAAAGAGAGGACAUUUCCAACGACACAUGAGAAUACACACAGGAGAGAAACCAUUCAGCUGCAUAAUUUGUGAGAAAUCUUUUGCAGAUCGUUGCAAUUUAAUUGCACACAUGAGAAUCCACACAGGAGAGAAACCAUUCAGCUGCAGUGUUUGUGACAAAAUAUUCACCUGGAGUCAUCAGGUCAAAAGCCAUAAGUGUGUUGGUCGUCAGUCCUCACAGCUUCAUCAAACUCAAACUGAGGAGAACAGAGAGCCAGAGCCUCCAGCCAGCAGCUCAGCUGAACACAUGGAAACAGAAGCUGAUGGAGAGGACUGUGGAGGACCAGAACCAGCUAGGAACUCAGAUCCAGAGAGACAUUUACAACCAGAGACUGUGGACAACCCUGGAGACUCUUCUGAACCUGACACUGAAGACAGUGCUGAUUGGAAGAAGACCAGAGAACCAGGUUCAAAGUCUCAGAGCAAUAAACAAGACCAUGUCAGUGAUUCAAGACGUAGUGCAGGAGAGAAACCAUUCAGCUGCUCAGUCUGUAAGAAAUCCUUUCCAAAGAGAGCACAUUUCCAACGACACAUGAGAAUCCACACAGGAGAGAAACCAUUCAGCUGCUCAGUCUGUAAGAAAUCUUUUACAGAUAGAAGAAGUUUACAGAGACACAUGAGAAUCCACACUGGAGAGAAACUGUUCAGCUGCUCAGUCUGUGAGAAAUAUUUUACAGAUACGGGAGAUUUAAAGAGACACAUGAGAAUCCACACAGGAGAGAAACCAUUCAGCUGCAGUGUUUGUGACAAAAGAUUCACCCGGAGUUGUUCGGUCAAAACCCAUAAGUGUGUUGGUCGUCAGUCCUCACAGCUUCAUCAAACUCAAACUGAGGAGAACAGAGAGGCAGAGCCUCCAGCCAGCAGCUCAGCUGAACACAUGGAAACAGAAGCUGAUGGAGAGGACUGUGGAGGACCAGAACCAGCCAGGAACUCAGAUCCAGAGAGACAUUUACAACCAGAGACUGAGGACAACCCUGGAGACUCUUCUGAAGACACUGAAGACAGUGCUGAUUGGAAGGAGACCAGAGAACCAGUUUCAAACUCUCAGAGAAAUAAACAAGACCCUGUCAGUGAUUCAAGACGUAGUGCAGGAGAGAGACCAUUCAGCUGCUCAGUCUGUAAGAAAUCCUUUCCAAAGAGAGGACAUUUCCAACGACACAUGAGAAUACACACAGGAGAGAAACCAUUCAGCUGCAUAAUUUAUUACAAUCAGCUCAUUUAG